AUGUGGUUCAGCUUCAAAAGCCGGCGCGUCUACCUUCUCGCGACUGUGGCAUAUAUGGGAUCAUUCUUGUUCGGCUACGAUGUCGGAGUCAUGGGCAGCGUGCUGGCCUUCGACAGCUUCAAGGAAGACUUCGGCCUUCCCACGAACUCUUCAGGCUUCGCAAGCGCAAAGGCUGCAGAGAUCAGUUCGAACGUCGUCUCUCUGCUGAUCGCGGGGUGCUUCUUUGGAGCCCUUGCGGCUGCCUUUCUGAAUGAGAAGUUCGGAAGGCGCUUCUCCCUCAUGGGCUUUGCUGUUGUUUUUCUCCUCGGCGCAGCUCUGCAGACAGGCUCACCGCGCCAGCUGAGUUACAUAUAUGCGGGUAGGGUGAUUGCGGGACUCGGCGUUGGAAGCAUGAGCUCUAUCACUCCUGUCUUCGUGGCAGAGAACUCACCGGCCCGAGUCAGAGGGCGCAUCACCGGCCUGUUCCAGGAGUUUUUGGUGCUCGGCACGACAUUGUCAUAUUGGUUGGACUAUGGAGUCGCCAAAAACAUUCCAAAGUCUUCCAAACAGUGGCGAAUUCCAUUGGGAGUGCAGUUGAUUCCUGGAGGGAUCCUCCUGGUGGGAAUGCUCUUCCUCAGAGAAUCUCCACGAUGGCUAGCCAAACAAGGCCGAGAUCAGGAGGCAGUCGCUGCGCUUGCCCACAUUCGAUGCGACUCUCCUGAUGACGUGGAGGUGAUGAGCGAGUUUGCGGAGAUCAAGGCAUCCAUUGCUGAGGAGGAAGAGUUGAGCGAAGGGGUGACAUGGAAAGAAUGCCUGCAACCGAACAUGCGCAAGCGGUUCAUGAUCAUCUUCUUCCUCAUGCUCUGUCAGCAGUUCACUGGGACAAAUUCCAUCGGAUAUUUUGCGCCACAGAUCUUCCAGACGGUGGGAUUGUCCGGCACAGACUCUUCGCUGUUUGCCACAGGUGUGUACGGUGUUGUCAAAGUCUUCGCGACGGGACUAUUUCUGUGGUGGAUCACCGACAGGAUCGGCAGAAAGUGGCCUCUCGUAGUUGGAGGAAUUUGGAUGGCGACCAUGAUGUUCAUCCUCGGGGCGAUACUGGCGACUCAUCCGCCGAAUCAAGCUCAUGGCGUUUCACAUGCGUCCAUUGCCAUGGUGGUGAUGAUCUACCUUUAUGUGAUAGGAUAUUCUUUAUCCUGGGGACCAGGUCCAUGGAUCUAUGUGGGAGAAAUAUUUCCCACCCGUACUCGAGCUUAUGGCGUUGCACUUGGUGCGGCAACGCAGUGGCUCUUCAAUUUUGUCAUUUCCAAGAUUACGCCCGCUGCAAUCCACAACCUUGGCUGGAAAACCUUCAUCAUGUACGGUGUCUUUUGCUUGGGUAAUGCUGCAUUUGCCUUCGUAUUCAUCAGGGAAACGAAGGGUCGUACCUUGGAAGAAAUAAACGGAAUAUUUGGUGCAGUCGACCAGGUUCGGCGCCCUGACGACUUCGAGUGUAUCGGCGUCGAGGACAAAGAAGGCACCGAGAUGAACGAGUACAAAUCCUUUGCAAAUGUCCGAGCAAAAGGUGACUAG